AUGCUGCCGGCAACGCGAUCCGCGGCCUCAAUGGCCCUCCGAGUCAAACCCGCUUCCGCGCUGAUUCCCAUCCGAGCCGCCUCCGCCGCCGCCUUCUCAACAACCUCGAGACAAGAUGCCACCUCGCUGACUCCCUCCCCCCACUCCUCGACCUUUGGAAAGGCCCGCAAGGAAGUCGCCCUGCCCAGCGAGGAGGGCACCAAGGGCGUCAUCCAAUACGCGCUCACCUCCCUCGACAUCAUCGCAAACUGGGCCCGCCAGUCCUCCCUCUGGCCCAUGACCUUUGGCCUCGCCUGCUGCGCCGUCGAAAUGAUGCACCUCUCCACCCCGCGCUACGACCAGGACCGCCUGGGCAUCAUCUUCCGCGCCUCCCCGCGCCAGUCCGACGUCAUGAUCGUCGCCGGCACCCUCACCAACAAGAUGGCGCCCGCCCUGCGCCAGGUCUACGACCAGAUGCCCGACCCCCGCUGGGUCAUCUCCAUGGGCAGCUGCGCCAACGGCGGCGGCUACUACCACUACAGCUACAGCGUCGUCCGCGGCUGCGACCGCAUCGUUCCCGUCGACAUCUACGUCCCCGGCUGCCCGCCCACCAGCGAGGCCCUCAUGUACGGCAUCUUCCAGCUGCAGAGGAAGAUGCGCAACACCAAGAUUACGCGGAUGUGGUACAGGCGGUAA